AUCCAUUUCAGUUUAGUUUGAAUUCGGUUGUCGUGAGUAUUGUGUGGUGUUCGUUCCCGUAGUAGUAUUAAAGUGGUAGCAAGCAGCAGUAGAUUGACUGACUGUAUGACGGUAAUAGUGAAAUUAAACCUGAUGACGAAUGCAAAGAGAAAGAAUCAAAGCUAAUUGAUUGCACUAUUUGCAACAACUUCUUCGAUUUCCAUUGUGUGUGUUUUCUUUUUAAAUCUAGUUUCCCGUUUUUUGCAAGCUCAACUAAAAAUUUUAAAAUAUCAAUUAAAUUGUGAAUUUGGGAAGAAAAAGUGAAAAGCCUAAUUAUAAUAACGUGAAUGAUUGUAAAAAAAUGUCCAGAUAAAAUGUCUCUUGCCAAAGGCUAGUGAAAGAGAGAGAAUCAAGGCUUAGUUUUGUUAAGUUAUAGUGCUUCAGCUAAAGAGUGAGUGAGAGAUAAAAUUGGAUAAAAUUACCACCAAGUUGCGGGGUGUGGGAGGUGUAGAAGAGAUACCAACAAAACUACACCAUGAAACUGGGAUUUAAGAACUCAUCAAAUUAUCCUGUUCGUGACUUCGGAUGGCUGGUCGUGUUUAUAUCAGCUUAUGUAUUUAUUGCAUUAGAUUUAGUACAUAAGACAGAAGCAACUGGAGAUUCAAAAGAGGCAUACUUCAAUGGAUCUGCCUAUCUGAGACUGUUAACGCCGAUGCCCAUUUGGGGUCAUUCGGCAAUUAGUUUUAGGACAUGUAGAGGAGGUGAAAUCCUCUCACAGCAAUACAAUCGACACACACUAUGGCUCUCAGUGUCGGGCGACUUUGUUCAAGUGACUUUCACGGGACCAAAUGCACGUGUGGAUGCACGUUUACCAUUUAAGUUAUUAGACAAUAAGUGGCACACAAUACAAUUCAAAUAUGAAUAUGGAAACUUGAAUUUAGUGGUUGAUCGUUCAUCUAUGAUAAUUGCAAAUUCAACAUACAAUUCACAAUUCCUGACAAAUCAGGAUGUCAAGAAUGAAGCAGCAAUUCUGAUACUUGGCAAUGCCUAUUCUGGCUGCCUGCUUAAUGGACCAGGACUGAUAUUCAACGCAAGCUCAAUGCAUGCUCAAGGAGUUGCUUUUGGUGCAUGUCCCCUUGCACCCGGUCCAUGUGGUGACCAUGAUACGCUCAUUCGUGUCCAAAUGGACUAUUGUUUACAUGAUCCAUGCAUGCAACACGGAUCGUGUAUAUCUCGAACAGAUAGCUAUGAAUGUCACUGUACAUCCAGAUACACGGGCAAAAAUUGUGAGGUAGACACUGGGCCACCAUGUCUAUCUCAUCCAUGCGCAAACGGGGGCAGCUGUCAAGAAGACGAGCGCGGAGACUACCAAUGCUAUUGCCCGCCCAACUUUACAGGCCAAACAUGCGAGAACGAGGUUAACGUUCAUCCGUUGUGUGAGAAAAAUCCUUGUUUCAACAAUGGCACAUGUUGGGUUCCAACUGGAACAAAAACAACUGACUGUAACUGUGUCAAGGGUUUUACGGGUCAAUUUUGUGAAAUAAACGCCGAUGAUUGUGCCUCUCAACCGUGCAUGAAUAAUGGCCGUUGUAUGGAUAUGGUGAAUGGAUUCUCUUGUGAUUGUGCUGGAACUGGUUACUCGGGAACCUUAUGUCAAAACAACAUUGACGAAUGCAAACUGAAUCCGUGUCAAAAUGGUGGAAAGUGUUUUGAUACUUAUGGUUUUUAUACAUGCGAGUGUUUACCCGGUUGGGGUGGUAAUAAUUGUGAGCUAUCUAUUAAUCAGUGUCAAUUCCAACCAUGUCAGCAUGGUGGUACUUGUUUGGAUAAGAAGAGUAAUUUUCAGUGCAUCUGUGCACCAGGAUUUUCAGGGAUAUUUUGUGAACUGGGUCCACCUUGUCCACAAUGUCCAAUUGAUUCGGAUUGCAUUGGUGGCAAAUGUAUCUGCAAGCCGGGAACAACUGGCCCAAUAGGCCAUUGUAUCCCAAUAUCAACCCCAACUCCCCAGUCGCGAUCCGCCCAGUUGAAUGCAUGUUCAAAUUCUGUAUGCUUAAAUGGUGGUACUUGUACCGGAAAUGCUUCAAAUUCUACUUGCAUUUGUGCUAGUGGAUAUUCAGGUUUCAACUGUGAAUUCCCAACUUCAUCGGAUGGGUGCAAGUGCUUGAAUGGUGGCACUUGCUCCCUAAACGGAACUCACUGCUACUGUCCCUCGGGCUUUGACGGUGAUCGAUGUGAAAAAUUUGAACCUUGCACUCCCACAACUUGCGAGGAUCCCAUGAUGUGCUCGAACAAUAAGUGUAUUUGUCCAGACAAUAUGAAAUGUGCUGUUUGCAGUUCAAAUCCUUGUCACAAUGGAGGUGUUUGCAGGGAUAAAGAUGUCAAUUAUGAAUGUGUUUGUCCCGAAGGCUGGAAUGGAACCCAGUGUGAUUACGAUGUUGAUGAAUGCCAGAAUCUUACAAUAUGUGGUCAUGGAAUAUGUGUUAAUCGACCUGGAUCAUUUAAAUGUUAUUGUGAACCCGGUUUCACCGGACUUCUUUGUGACUCAGAUGUAGACGAAUGCCUUAGCAGGCCAUGUAAAAAUGGAGCUUCUUGUGUGAAUAAGGUAAACGAUUACGAAUGCAUUUGUCCAGCUGGUUACACUGGAAAAGAAUGUGAUGUUAAUAUUGAUGAAUGUGCAAGCAAUCCUUGUGAAAUAGGAUCCACAUGUAUUGAUAUGGUUAAUAAUUUCACAUGCUCAUGUAUUCCCGGAAUGACUGGACGAUUAUGUGAUUUCGAUAUUGACGAUUGUGUUUCACUGCCUUGUCAGCAUAAUGGAAAAUGUAUUGACGAAUUGGGAGGAUUUCACUGUGAUUGUGAAGCCACAGGAUACACUGGUAAUCUUUGUGAAAUUAACAUUGACGAAUGUUUGUCCAAUCAAUGUACAAAUGGAGCAGAGUGUAUUGAUAAGAUCAAUGAUUACAUGUGCAAUUGUUUUCCGGGUUUUUCGGGAAAAAAUUGUGAAAUUGAUAUAAAUGAAUGUGAAGUUAAUCCUUGUCAGUAUAAUGGAACAUGCUUGCAACGUUCCAAUUUAACAUUGUAUCAAAUGGCAGACAAGCAAGAUCUUCCACCAAUCUUUUCACAAGAGUUUUCUUAUGAAAACGCUAGUGGUUACGACUGUAUAUGUGUACCUGGAAUAAUGGGAAAGAAUUGUGAUAUAAAUAUUAACGAAUGUGAAAGCAAUCCCUGCUCAAAACAUGGUACUUGCGUUGAUGGAAUUGGAAACUAUACUUGUGAAUGUGAUCCUGGAUUUGAAGGUGACCAUUGUGGAAAAAACAUAGAUGAAUGCGAUAGAUACACACCUUGCGUCCAUGGAACUUGUAUCGAUCAAACAAAUGAUUAUGAUUGUGAUUGUGAUGCCAAUUGGGGAGGAAAAAAUUGUUCAGUUGAACUUGUUGGCUGCAGAAGUUCACCUUGCUUAAACAAGGGUAUCUGCAAGCCUUAUUUGUUCAACGAAACUCAACACCUUUUCAAUUGUUCCUGCCAACAUGGAUUCCAAGGAGCAACUUGUGAAAAAACCACAACAAUAUCAAUGGUGAUUAGUAGUUUGAUAACGGUCAAGACCACACGCGAAGAAGGCUAUGAUAUAAAUUUAGAAUUCCGAACAACCUUACCGAAUGGAGUUUUGGCUUUUGGAACAUCUGGAAGUCAGAAUGAACCAGUUAGCUAUAUACUAGAACUUAUUAAUGGAAGAUUAAAUCUCCAUUCAUCACUGCUCAACAAAUGGGAAGGAGUUUUUAUUGGAUCGAAAUUGAACGACAGUAAUUGGCAUAAGGUAUUUGUUGCCAUAAAUACUUCACAUUUGGUUCUUUCGGCCAACGACGAACAAGCGAUCUAUCCGAUUGGAUCAUAUGAAAGUGCCAAUGGUAGCCAACCAUAUUUCCCCUUAACCUACUUAGGAGGAACCAUACCAAAUUUAAAAUCCUAUCUAAGGCACCUAACACACCGACCAACAAGUUUUGUAGGAUGUAUGCAAGACAUAGUCAUUAAUGGCAAAUGGAUAUUCCCGGAUGAAAAACCAGAUGAUAAUACAUCCUUGGUCAAAAUUCAAAGUGGAUGUCCGAGAUCAGAGCAGUGUAAGCCUAAUCCAUGUCAUUCGAAUGGAGAGUGUAAAGAUCUAUGGCAUACGUUUUCAUGUGGAUGUCAGAGACCUCAUUUAGGGCAUACGUGCAAAUAUAAUAUAACGGCUGCAACGUUUGGGCACGAAAACACUACGCAUUCUGCUGUAUUGGUGGAAACCAAUGAAACCGCUCGAAGAGCUAUUCGGAGUAUAUUGGAUAUUUCAAUGUUUAUUCGAACUCGACAAUCAGCGGGACAGAUAUUUUAUCUUGGCAGUGACACUAGAAAAGCCUUGACAUCCCCUAGGGGUACAAGUGAAAUUGGAGACUCAUAUGUUUCAGCAAAACUUCAUGGUGGUGAACUUUUAGUUAAAAUGCAAUUUAAUGGAACACCUGAGGCGUAUACUGUAGGUGGAAAUAAACUCGACAAUGGUUAUAAUCAUCUUAUAGAAGUUGUGCGAAAUCAAACGUUGGUCCAAGUCAAGCUAAACGGUACCGAGUACUUCCGGAAGACACUGUCAUCGACAGGUCAACUGGAUGCACAGGUAUUGUACUUGGGUGGACCAGCGCCGCCGGCUGUUGAUAAUUUAGAAAGCAACAUGACCAAGGAAGAAGUAGAUAAACUAUAUUUCAAGGGUAUCAUUCAAGACGUUCAAAUAAGCAAUGGAUCACAUGCAAUGAUUGUAGAGUUGUAUCCGUUGAACGAAGAAGAUUUACAACUUCCAAAACCAUUCGGUGAAGUUACAAUUGAUCGUAAUUCAGUUCUUAAGGGCGCUGUUUCUGAUGAUUUGUGUCGCAAGAAACCCUGUCAGCAUAAUGCUGAAUGUAAAAACACCUGGAAUGACUUUGAAUGUACAUGUCCCAAAGGGUACAAGGGUAAAUUUUGUCAGGAUAUCGAGUUUUGUCAGUUGAAUAAAUGUCCAGGCAAUGGAGUGUGCCAAAAUUUAGACGAUGGCUUUGAAUGUAUCACAAAUAUGACUUUUAAGGGCAAUGAAAAAGCACCUUUGGCCUUUGCUUACUUCUCUGUGAAUCCCGAGGAAGAGACUGUUUUGAAGCCUGUUGUUGAAAUUUCAUAUAGAACCAAAACUGGUGGUACACUGUUGUAUGUUCAAGAUGGCGAUCGAUAUUUUGAUGUGGCUGCUUAUCGCGAUCAAGUUACCGUUCAAUGGAAAUCGAGCCUAGAACUUCCACAAACAAAACGAUUUACAAAAGAUAAGUCUGAUUUCGAGUGGAGUCGAGUGUUUUUGAGAGUGGAAAAUGGAAAGCUUGAAGGUGGUUGGAAGGGAUGGGAGGAGACACCAGAUCCAUCCCCAGCAUUCACUCUUGACAUUGAUCAAAGUGCUUUCCAAGAUUUGAUUUCCGGCAAAUACAUGGUUUAUUUGGGAGGAAUGCCUCUUUCUGAUAACCUUUUAUCACGCGGCAUGACAUCGGGGGCGACAUUCAAAGGCUGCUUGGGAGAAGCUAGAUUAGGUGAUCUGAUACUUCCUUAUUUUAUGAACAACGAAAUGUACUCGGAGAACUUACAACCACGUUCACAAUUCCGACUCAACUCAACGAAACCCGAAGAGGGUUGUGUCCUUUGCUUCCAAGAAGAUUGUAAAAAUGAAGCUGUGUGCACAAAUCCAUCGGAGCAAUACGCAUGUGACUGUCGACCAGGGUAUGAGGGCGAUGAUUGUUCCAUCGAUAUUGACGAAUGUCUAUUGGCAAACUGUACAAACAACUCAACUUGCAUCGACAAAGUAGCUAGCUUUAUUUGCAGCUGCUUGCCUGGUUAUGAUGGACAAUUGUGUGAGCAUAACAUAGAUGAGUGUGCUUCUAUGCCAUGUCACAAUGGUGGAAAUUGUACGGACUUGGUAGCGGCUUAUCAUUGUGACUGUACAGAGGAUUAUGCUGGCCCACAGUGUGAUGUCUUGAAGUUAGUUACAUGUGCCGAUCAGCCAUGCAGAUCUGGAUCAACGUGUGUGGAUGGUUUUAAUAUGACAACAGGAAAUAACUUCACAUGCUUUUGUAUGCAAGGGUUGCAGGGUCCUCUGUGUGAUGUUCCCUUCUGCCAAGUUGAACCAUGUCAAAAUGGUGGUUUUUGUCUAACAACAGAACCAACGCCACCUAUUUGCCAAUGUAGCAUAGGAUACACAGGACGAUUUUGUGAAAUCGAUAUCAACGAAUGCGACCCUGAACCUUGUCAAAAUGGUGGAGAAUGCAAAGAUUCAAUAGGCAGUUAUUCCUGCAACUGCACUGGCACUGGCUUUGAAGGUCAAAUGUGCGAGAUUGAUAUCGACGAAUGUCAAACUGGUCCUGUCAAGUGUGGUGGGCGAGGAGUUUGUAUGAAUACCCGUGGUUCAUUCAAAUGUCUUUGUGAAGUUAAGCUAUGUGGAUCAGAAUGUAACGUCUUGGAUCCUUGCCAGCAACAAGACAUGUGCAUGAAUGGUGGAAUUUGUGUAGAAGCAUGUACAGAUGUCGCUGAUUAUUACUGCAACUGCACAGAUGGAUUUGGUGGAAAGAACUGCUCAGCGAUGAUUGUGGCUAAGGACGAUGGUCCAUCAACUGCAGACAUAGCAAUUAUUGUCAUUCCAGUAGUAGUUAUUCUACUACUUAUCGCUGCUGCUUUGUUGGGUACAUUCUUGGUGAUGGCACGCAACAAACGGGCAACAAGAGGCACGUACAGUCCCAGUGCUCAGGAAUAUUGUAAUCCACGUUUGGAAAUGGACAAUGUGCUCAAGCCUCCCCCUGAAGAACGUCUGAUUUAGUGCGGUGCAUUAGAACAUUCUUCGUUGGUUGUUUUAUUUUAAUUUUUUUAUAUAUAAUAAAUGUUAUAUCUGGCGUAAUGAUGGGAUGAGAAUUACUUAGUAUU